GUGGCUGUGGCGCCGUGAUCCCGGGAGCCGCAGCGCCCUUCAGGCCGCCUCCCGCUCCUCUGGCCCCGGCCGUCGCUUUUGAGUUCCGUCCUCUCUUCCUGGUUCGCCGAUGUCCGAGGAGAAGGCCAGCAGCCCUUCAGGGAAGAUGGAAGGCGAGGAGAAGCCGGCUUUCUCGACCUCAACACUGUUGACAUUGUGUGGACUGGAUACUUCUUUGUUGGUGUCUGUGCAUCGUUGGAUGCUUGGCAACACCCCUGGCCUCUACCUCCUAGAUGACAAUUGCACCCCCAAGUCAUGACAACCAAAAACGCCUGCAGACAUUGUCAGAUGUCCGCUGGGGCGCACAUGGUUUCUGGUUGAGAGCCACUGGUGUAGACCUGCUCUGCUGCUGGCUGCCUCUUUGCACAGGACUUCCUAUCAAACUUUCUGUGACUCCGUGUGCUUCUAAUUGAAGCCCACAUUCCUUUGGGUGGGUGCCGGCCAGGAGAGGCACAAGGAAGACGGCAAGAAGAAGAACAAAGAAGGGUCUGGAGAUGGAGGGCGAGCGGAGUUGAAUCCUUGGCCUGAAUAUAUUAACACACGUCUUGAGAUGUACAAUAAACUAAAAGCAGAACACGACGCCAUCCUGGCAGAAAAAGCAGCAAAAGAGAGCAAGCCCAUCACAGUCACUCUGCCGGAUGGUAAGCAGGUGGCCGCGGAGUCCUGGAAAACCACGCCUUACCAGAUCGCGUGUGGCAUCAGUCAAGGCCUGGCUGACAACACUGUUAUUGCGAAAGUGAAUAAAGCUGUCUGGGACCUAGACCGUCCUCUGGAGGAAGAUUGUACCUUGGAGCUUCUCAAGUUCGAGGAUGAGGAAGCUCAGGCAGUAUAUUGGCACUCAAGUGCCCAUAUAAUGGGUGAAGCCAUGGAAAGAGUCUACGGAGGAUGUUUAUGUUAUGGUCCACCAAUAGAAAGUGGGUUCUAUUAUGACAUGUACCUUGAGGAAGGGGGUGUGUCCAGCAAUGAUUUCUCAUCUUUAGAGACUUUAUGUAAGAAAAUCAUUAAGGAAAAACAAGCUUUUGAAAGGUUGGAAGUUAAGAAGGAAACUUUACUGGAAAUGUUUAAGUACAACAAGUUCAAAUGUCGGAUAUUGAAUGAAAAAGUGAAUACUCCAACUACCACCGUCUAUAGGUGUGGCCCCUUGAUAGAUCUCUGCCGGGGUCCUCAUGUCCGACACACUGGCAAAAUUAAGACUUUGAAAAUACACAAAAAUUCCUCCACAUACUGGGAGGGGAAAGCAGAUAUGGAGACUCUGCAGAGGAUUUAUGGCAUUUCGUUCCCAGACCCUAAGUUGUUGAAAGAGUGGGAGAAGUUCCAAGAGGAAGCCAAAAACCGAGAUCAUAGGAAAAUUGGGAGGGACCAGGAACUGUAUUUCUUCCAUGAACUCAGCCCUGGGAGCUGCUUCUUCCUGCCGAAGGGAGCACACAUUUAUAAUGCACUGAUCGAGUUCCUCAGGAGUGAAUAUAGGAAACGAGGAUUCCAGGAGGUGGUCACCCCAAACAUCUUCAACAGCCGGCUGUGGAUGACCUCGGGCCACUGGGAGCACUACAGCGACAACAUGUUCUCCUUCGAGGUGGAGAAGGAGCAGUUCGCGCUGAAGCCCAUGAACUGCCCGGGACACUGCCUCAUGUUCGAUCAUCGCCCGAGGUCCUGGCGAGAGCUGCCUCUGCGGCUCGCCGACUUUGGGGUGCUGCACAGGAAUGAGCUGUCGGGGGCGCUCACGGGCCUCACGCGGGUGCGGCGGUUCCAGCAGGACGACGCGCACAUAUUCUGUGCCAUGGAGCAGAUCGAGGAAGAAAUCAAAGGCUGUUUGGAUUUUCUGCGUACAGUGUACAACAUAUUUGGAUUUUCUUUUAAACUGAACCUGUCUACUCGGCCGGAAAAAUUCCUUGGCGAUAUUGAAGUCUGGAAUCACGCUGAGAAGCAACUUGAAAACAGCCUGAAUGAAUUUGGUGAAAAGUGGGAGUUAAACCCUGGCGAUGGAGCUUUCUAUGGUCCAAAGAUUGAUAUUCAGAUUAAGGAUGCCAUUGGGCGCUACCACCAGUGUGCAACCAUCCAGCUGGAUUUUCAGUUGCCCAUCAGAUUCAAUCUCACGUUUGUGAGUCAUGAUGGAGAUGAUAAGAAAAGGCCAGUGAUUAUCCAUAGAGCCAUCUUGGGAUCCGUGGAAAGAAUGAUCGCCAUCCUCACUGAGAACUAUGGGGGCAAAUGGCCCUUCUGGCUGUCUCCUCGCCAGGUAAUGGUAGUUCCAGUGGGACCAACGUGUGAUGAUUAUGCCCAAAAGGUACGGCAACAAUUCCAUGAUGCUAAAUUCAUGGUGGACAUCGACCUGGAUCCGGGCUGUACAUUAAAUAAGAAGAUCAGAAAUGCACAGUUAGCACAAUAUAACUUCAUCCUGGUUGUCGGUGAAAAAGAGAAAGCCAGCGGCACUGUGAACAUCCGCACGAGAGAUAACAAGGUUCACGGGGAACGCACUGUUGCUGAAACCGUGGCGCGGCUGCAGCAGCUGCAGCAGGCCCGCAGCAAGCAGGCCGAGGAGGAGUUCUAAGGACGGCCCGACGGGCCCAGCGGGAGAGGAGCGGCGUGUCCGUGGUGCUCAUUCACUGUGCUCUGGAAAGCCUUGAUUUGUCCUGAACUUGGAUUGUGUGGCAGAGUCUGCGUAGGUGACUGCAGGGGAGGAACCUGUUUUGACCUCGACAGGUUUUAGAUAAUGUGUAUCUGCUGGAGAUAAUUAAAAGAGACUCAUUUAAAUGAUUUUAUUCAUUAAUUACCUGAGCACUGGAAAUAGAUAACAAGGAAUGCUUUAGUGUGAUGAGGGAGAACAUUUUUUUUAAAAUUUAAUGCAAUGGAAAAAUAAGUUUUCAAAUUUGAUUCGGGUAAAAGAAAGAUUAUAAUUGGAUUAUGGCAUAAAAAUAAAAACUUUAACUCGUGUAAAUUUCAAGACUUCUGACCGUCACAUACCUCCUCCCCGGAACAGAUUGCAUGAUUCAAGAUUAAUCUUUAAUGUUCUGUAGCAAACGUGGUAGGUGGGUGGAGGGGAGCGGGUCUGCAGUGUGUGUGGUCUUUAGUUGGGCCGGGAGCGAGAGCCUGCUUCCCGGUGGCAGAAUGGCAUCUUUUAGGAGCACUGCUCUUACUCAGCUUCUUUUUGGACAUAAACCUUUUAAACAAUUGAAGCCAACCAUGGGUCUAAUGGAGAUUAUUUGCACAGAUUUUUAAGAUACAUUCGGUAAAGGAAUAUAUGUUUAUGGCACACUGUUUUGGGCUAUUCAGUCCCUUGUUAAUACAAAUUCCCAAUUCUCUCUCUCAGGAUAAUUUUUGAAUUUUGCUCUCAGUGAAUGAUGAGUGAGAGAACACCACAAAAUAAGGAAUUCCUUAUGUAGAUAGAUAUGAAUCUCUAAUGUAAUCACUUUGAAAAGGCAAGAUCUUGGCAGUUUCUAAUAUCCCAAUAGGGUGUUUGCAAGGGUCACUGAAAAGCAGAGCCAAUUUGCAUAGAUUACCCUUCACUCUAACACAGGAGAUAGGAUUUUAAUCAGGGGUUUUUGGAAAUUCUGUAAUAAAGCCUUGCUUCUAAGA